GCGGCCAUGCUCUCGCCGUUAAAAGAUAAAGUCGGCUCGGUUCUCCUGCCCGGGGAUGAGUUCCGCUUGGACACGACCUCCGCCGCCGACACCAUCCCCCUGGCGGGCCCCUCGGAACCCGACAAGGUGGUUUGCGGGCCCGGCCUGCGGCGGAGCGGCGACCGCCUGCUGGUGUACAAAAGCGGAAUUCUGCGACACAAGGAGCCCAACAUGUUCUGGAUGGACGCCCAGCACAAACGGUACGUUCCAGUCAAAGGAGAGACGGUCAUCGGCAUCGUGACGUCCAAAUCUGGCGACGUUUUCAAGGUGGACGUGGGCGGAAGCGAGCAGGCGUCGUUGUCCUAUUUGGCCUUCGAGGGCUCCACAAAGAGGAACCGACCCAACGUGCAGGUGGGCGACCUCCUGUUUGCGCAGUUGAUCGUGGCCAACAAGGACAUGGAGGCGGAACUCGCGUGCGUGGACAGUGCGGGACGAGCCAAUGGGAUGGGAGUGUUUGGAGCAGGCGGUCUCCUCUUCAGGGUCUCGCUGGGUCUCGUCAGGCGGUUGUUGGCGCCCCAGAGCGAAUUGCGGUCCGAGCUGGAGCAGCUUUUCCCGUGCGAGUUGGUGGCGGGCAUGAACGGCCGCUUGUGGGUCAAGUCCGCCGGCGUCCAGCGGACUCUGAUUGUGGCCAACCUGCUGGAGAGCUGCGAAAACAUGACGAGCGCGCAGAGGCGCAAGCUCUUCAGGAAACUGGCCCAGGGGGGGCUCUAGAGACCGGACCGCCGGUGCCUUAUGCCGCAUUUGCUGUAAAAUAGCUUCAAUUGUUGGUUUGGGGUUGUUUUUUUUUUUUUUUUAAAUAAAAUUCUCAUUUUGAUGGGGA